AUGGGUAAAAGACCAUUGUCAAAACGUGAAAUAGAAGAGCAAAGAAAGAAAGAGGAAGAAGAAGCUGCAGCUCAUGCUUUUCAAGAAUUUGUAGAAACAUUCACUGAUGUACCUGUAAACAAAACUGGAAAAGUGUGGGUUAAAGCAGGAACAUACGAUGCCGGCAAAAGACAGGAAGAUACACGAGAAAAAGGAAAACUGUAUAAGCCUCAAAGUAGAAUCACAGACAAUGUUGAAAAAAGCACUACAUCUGACAGAGCUCAGGAAUAUGCAAAGUUACUUGUGGAUAAAAAGCCAGAAAAGCCAAGUAAAAAAAAAUCUAAUGACAAGAAAAAAAGUAAUUUAGAAUUAUUUAAGGAAGAGCUUAAAAUGAUUCAAGAAGAAAGGGAGGAACGACAUAAGUACAAAGGAGCUUUAAAAGCAGAAUUGGGAAAUGACUUCCCACCAUCAUCUACUUCCGAAAUACCUAGUCUAAUGUCUCAACGUCCUAUUAUUUUACCUGAAGAUCAGCUGCUUGGAUCCUUUGAUUGUGGAGAUCCCAACACUACUAACAUUUAUCUUGGGAAUUUAAAUCCUAAAAUUACCGAACAGCAAUUAAUGGAAUUAUUUGGUCGAUAUGGCCCUUUGGCGAGUAUAAAAAUAAUGUGGCCUAGGACAGAUGAAGAAAAAGCUCGAGGGAAAAAUUGUGGAUUUGUCGCUUUCAUGAAUAGAAAAGAUGGUGAAAGAGCAAUGAGAAAUUUAAAUGGAAAAGAUGUUAUGCAAUAUGAAAUGAAAUUAGGAUGGGGAAAAACGGUUCCUAUUCCUCAUCAUCCAAUUUAUAUACCUCCAUCAUUUGUAGAAUUAACAUUACCUCCUCCACCUUCAGGCCUUCCUUUUAAUGCUCAACCCUGCCGAAAAGACAAACAUAGAGUGACUCGAAUGGUAAGAGGUAUCGAAACGAUAUCUAAAGAAGAACUUAAUAAAAUAUUGUACAAUGCAACAGUUAAAGUCGUGAUUCCCACCGAUCGUCAAUUGCUUAUGCUUAUAAAUAGAAUGAUAGAAUUUGUUAUUAGAGAGGGCCCCAUGUUUGAAGCAAUGAUAAUGAAUCGAGAAUUAAUGAAUCCAAUGUACAGAUUUUUAUUUGAAAAUCAAAGUCCUGCUCAUAUUUAUUAUCGUUGGAAAUUAUUUUCAAUACUACAAGGUGAUACUCAAACGAAAUGGAGCACAGAUGAAUUUAGGAUGUUUAAAGGAGGUUCCAUAUGGAAACCACCUCCUAUGAAUCAAUACACGCAAGGAAUGCCGGAUGAUUUAGUUGACGACAAGGAUGAUUUUGAGCCGAGGAAAGGAACGUUGUCAAACACACAAAGAGACAGAUUAGAAGACCUACUAAGAAACAUUGGUCCAGAGCGUAUAAAAGUGGCCGAGGCAAUGGUUUUUUGCAUGGAGCACAGCGAAGCAGCUGAAGAAAUUUGUGAUUGCAUUGCCGAAUCUUUAGGAAUUUUACAUACUCCAAUUCAUAAAAAAAUAGCUAGACUUUAUUUAAUAUCAGACAUUCUACAUAAUUGCGGAGUGAAAAUAACAAACGCUUCGUACUUUCGUCGUGGAUUAGAAACAAGACUGAUGCAAAUAUUUGCUGACGUGAAUCUAGCUUAUAUGGCACUUGAAAGUAGACUAAAAGCAGAAGGUUUUAAAAUGAGAGUAAUGGCAAUGUUUAGAGCGUGGGAGGAAUGGGCGGUUUAUCCGAGAGAUUUCCUUAUUAGACUGCAAAAUACCUUUUUGGGAUUAUCAGUGGAACCCGAGCCUGAAAUUGAUUCUAAACCGGAUAAUCGACAAGACUUAGAAAUAGAUCCCGAAAUAGACGGCGCGCCUUUGGAUGAUAAUCCAGAGGAUGAUGAUUUAGAUGGAUUACCGCUUGAUGGAGCUGCUCUAUUAAAAACAGCCAUCAAAAGUUUAAAAAAAGAUGAUGAAGACAUUGAUGGAAUACCUAUGGAAGAUUUAGACGGUGAACCUUUCGAAGAAGAUUUAAAUCAAAAAAAAAAGAAAUCGACUGGAGCUUUCGUGCCAUCCAAAUGGGAAGCUGUUGAUCCCGAGCAGAUCGAAGCACAGGCAAUGACCACAAGUAAAUGGGAUCUACUGGAACCUCCUCAACACGAAGAAGAAAGUUUGGGACAAAGUCAGGAGGAUACCGAAAACGAAGAUGAUUCACAGGAAGGAGAUACAGGUGAUAGUUUUAGAAUAAUGAACGAGGAAAGGCGAGCUAUGUUAAGAGAAAUAGAAUUAAAAGUAAUGCAAUAUCAAGAUGAAUUAGAAUGCGGAACGAGGAAAACGAAAACGGGAUGGACCAUAGGUCAACAAGUCGAACAUUUCCGGCGGAAAUUGAUGAAAAGGUCAGAAAAAGAAAGAGUGGUCGAUGAUAAGGAAGAAAAAGAAGACAAUGCUGACAAGAGAAGGCAUCAUUCACCUUCUUACGGCCCAAGGAAGACAAAGAGAUCUCGAAGUGAUUCUUCAAGUCCGCCUCCUGUAAAGAGAAGUCACAGGUAUGAUAGAACUACUUCACAAACAACAAGAUGA